GACCAUUAGAGAGAGCGAGAGAGAGAGAGCCUAUAGGUUCCCUCCGGAGCAUAAGAAAUUUGAAGUGUAUAAAAGGGUUUACCGAGAAAAGUGAAGCAGGUAGUAAUUGAAUGAUAAUCAAUUGAGAGAGAGAGAGAGAGAGAGAGAGAUGGCAGCUGCGGCGGAAGAGGGUGGAGCAAUCAGUGAUCAGUACACUCAGGAUGGGACUGUGAGUCUCGGAGGCAAUCCUGUUCUCAGGUCCAAGACUGGUGGAUGGACUGCUUGCUCUUUUGUCGUUGUGUACGAAGUGUUCGAACGCAUGACUUACCACAGCAUUGCAACCAAUCUAAUACUGUACUUGACAAAUAAACUGAAACAGGGCACAGUUGCCGCCGCCAAUAAUGUGACCUACUGGGUCGGCACGAUUUGGUUGACCCCAAUGUUAGGUGCAUAUAUAGCAGAUGCUUAUCUUGGUCGAUACUGGACUUUCAUUCUAGCAUCUGCCAUCUAUCUCUUAGGAAUGUUUUUACUAACAAUAGCAGUUUCCGUCCCUGGUUUAAAACCGCCUCGUUGCUCACAAGCUAAUGGUACAGACUGCAAGCCCUCUACAUUGCAAUUAGCAGUGUUUUACAUUGCUCUCUACAUACUGGCCGUGGGAACAGGAGGGACGAAACCAAACAUCUCGACCAUUGGGGCUGAUCAGUUCGACGAUUUUGAUCCCAAAGAGAAAGCCCAUAAGCUUUCCUUCUUUAAUUGGUGGAUGUUUAGCAUAUUCUUUGGGAUGCUCUUUGCCAACACAGUCCUGGUGUACAUACAAGAUAAUGUAGGUUGGACCUUAGGAUAUGGGCUUCCCACGAUUGGGCUUGCCAUUUCCAUCGCAAUAUUCCUAGCCGGCACACCCUUCUACAGGCAUAGGUUGCCCACAGGGAGCCCAUUCACAAGGAUGGCUAGGGUCAUCGUGGCUGCCUUGAGGAAAUGGAGGGUGACUGUUCCUAGUGACCCGAAGCAGCUCUAUGAAAUUUACCCGGAAGCCUAUACAAAGAAAGGAACAUUCAGGAUUAACUCCACACCUUCUUUAAGGUUCUUUAACAAAGCUGCGGUGAGAACAGGGCCAAAUGAUCCAUGGAUGUUGUGUACGAUUACACAAGUGGAGGAGACAAAACAGAUGAUAAGGAUGGUUCCAAUCCUAUUUGCCACAAUUGUUCCAAGCAUGAUGGUUUCUCAACUCAACACCCUUUUCGUUAAGCAAGGUACUACUCUUGAUAGAGGCAUCAGCGGCUUCCGAAUUCCACCAGCAAGCUUAAUCGGAUUCUCUACUGUAUCCAUGCUUAUCUCUGUUGUUUUAUACGAUCGAUACUUCAUCAAGAUGAUAAGAAGGUGGACCAAAAACCCAAGAGGAAUUUCUCUGCUUCAAAGAAUGGGAAUUGGUCUUGUUUUCCAUAUUGUGAUCAUGAUCAUAGCAUCUAUCGUUGAGAACUCGAGGCUCACUGUGGCCAAGGAUCACGGCCUAGUUGAAAGUGGAGGACAAGUUCCUUUGACCAUAUUCAUCUUGCUUCCUCAGUUUGUGCUCUUUGGAAUGGCCGACGCCUUUGUAGAGGUAGCUAAAAUUGAGUUCUUUUAUGACCAAGCACCAGAAGACAUGAAGAGCCUUGGGGCCUCUUAUUCCACAACUAGUUAUGGAGUUGCAAACUUUCUCAGUAGCUUCCUUCUAUCGACAGUUUCUCGUGUCACCAAGAAGCAUGGUCACCGCGGAUGGGUUCUAAAUAACCUGAAUGCUUCACAUAUUGACCGUUAUUAUGCACUUUUAGCAGUUCUUAGCUUUUUGAAUUUCAUUUUUUUCCUUCUCGUCUCAAAGUUCUACGUAUAUAGGCUUGAAGUUUCAGAUUCAAUGAAGGUUUUCAAAGAAGAAUUGAAGGAGUCGAUGCCUAGUGCAUGCAGCAAGCAAGAAGAAUCAGAGAGCACAGUCGAUUGAAUGACUUAUCAUGAGGAGAUGCCUACAAAAGAAUAAAGCUAAACUUAUCAGUAGAAGCCCUUUUCUGGGCAUUUAAUAGUUAUUGAUGGGAGUGAUGGUUGUUAAGUAAGCAUAUAUAUGUUGGACUUCACAUCAUUUGUACAAAUGUAUGCCCAAGUUUAUAGUGUUAAGGGUAGCAAGCAGUUAUCUUGAACUCCACCUUCUAAUUGUUGAAUAUAAUCUUUUUUUUUCCCCAUCUAAGAAA